AGAGGGCGGAGUGUGUUUGUCAUCCAAGUGUGAAGUAUUGACUGCCUGCCUCCGAAAAAUAGGAUUUUUCUCUCUCAUCCGAUUGCGCCUGCUAUCGCCCAGCAUCACAUUGGGAGGAAAGCGUCGGGGAUCCGGAACAUCUGCUGCACUCCUGCAGGGAUCUGUGGAGAUACGAGACCGAACCGGCAUCACUUACGAGCGGAUACUUAUAAACAACACUAAUGUACCUGAGAUGAAAAAUGGAUUAAUGAUACAAUAAAUAUCAUCUGUUUGGGGAUCCUGUGGCAGAAGAUCCACAGGUGAACAAAUGAUUUGACCGCAUGUACCAGCUGUGAUUUCUCGCAUCAGAUUUGAGGAACUAAAGCUGGUAAGGUAUAAGAGGGAUUGAAGGAUAUGGCCAUUAUCCGGAUAUCGUUACUCUUGCAAGUAGGAUUUGUUAUAGGAUCAAGUUAUAGAUACGCGGAACAUGACCGGGACCUAAAAGCGAAGCUUCCCAUUUAUAAUACGCAUAACAACCAGCAAGCGCAUCUCCGGAAACCUCAUUCUAGUUUAACGCAGAAGAUCGAGGACCAGGUACCUAAAGUGGUGACUGCGUUUCUGCACACGGGGGAUUCCUCCACCUUAAAAUACGCCAACUGCUCCAGGAGAUAUGAGCUGGGGGUGUUGCGGGGAAGGACGCACGGAGACGCGCAUCACUCCAUGCGCGGCGUGCUGGACACGGUUGUUCACGCCACAAACUUCCUAAACAUGAUCUUACAAGCCAGCAAAGAACAGAGCCCCAGACGUGAUAUGGAGUGGUAUCAUGCCCUGGUCAGGAGCAUCCUGGAGGGAGACCUAAAGAUUCACAGAGCUGUUGUCACCCUAAGCGCAGGGUCUACACCUGAAGGGCCACCUGUUUACCUUCAGGCCACUCGCGCAGGUGGAGAGAUAAUUCUCCAGGAUUUAUCCAGCAAUUUCCACCGUAUUUUGAGAAACAGAACGGCGGACACCGAAUGGUACCAUGAGCAUAAAAAUAAAAAGAAGGUCCAUCUUCAGAAACGCGUGCUGAGUCAAGAUUUUGUCUCAUAUGAUGCCUCCUUGCGCAGUGGAGAAAGUUAUGUCACCGAUAAAACUCAGAUUCAUUGGUCAGCUCCUUAUUUAGAGUGUGAGAAUGGGAAUUUCAUACCCAGAUGGCUUUUGACACUGUCUGCUGGCUUCUAUGGCCUUAAACCCAACCGGAGUCCAGAUUUCAGGGGUGUUGUUCGUGUGGACGUCAGCUUGCAAGAUGUGGACAUUGAUCAGUGCUCUGCAGAUGGCUGGUUUGCAGGAACACACAGGUGCAACCUCACGACUAUGGAGUGUUUGCCCAUCCCAGGUCAUGGAUUUGUGCUGGACAAAUACAGAUGUCACUGCAGAAGCGGGUUUUACCAUCCAAGCAGAGUUGCAGUCAAUGGCUUUAAAAGAAAAUCAAAUGGAAAGGACACGGUGGGGUUGCCACGUCACAGCGAUCUUCCAGAAGGUUCCAGCCAAUGUCUGCCAUGCCAGGAAGGCUGUACUUUUUGCAAGGACGACACGGCCUGUGUGGUUAGGGGCGAUGACGCCCUGCGUAUGGCCAUUCUCUCCUUUCAGGGACUGUGCAUGCUGGUAGACUUCAUCAGUAUGGUGUUGCUCUACCAUUUCCGCAGGAACAAGAGCAUUAGAGCAUCAGGACUCAUCCUACUGGAGGCCAUCUUGUUUGGAGCACUUCUUCUGUACUUUCCGGUUGUGAUUCUGUAUUUCCAUCCGAGUGUUUUCCGCUGUAUCCUGCUGAGAUGGGUUCGUCUGCUCGGAUUUGCCACAGUCUACGGAACGGUCACCCUCAAACUCUACAGGGUCCUGAAGGUGUUCCUCUCACGUACAGCCCAGCGGAUACCUUACAUGACCAGCUGGAGAGUGUUACGUCUGCUGUGUGUCAUCCUACUCAUUGUAUUAUGGUUUGCAAUAGCCUGGACCUCCGCUGUGUGUCAGAACCCGAACAGACAUCUCGCUCUCAUCACUGUGGGCUUUACCACUGAUGCUCUGCAGUUCAGCAUGUGUCUGCUGGACCGCUGGGACUACAUGAUAGCUGUGGCCGAGUUCUUGUUCCUGUUGUGGGGUGUGUAUUUGUGUUACGCCGUGAGGACCGUCCCCUCAGCGUUUCAUGAGCCACGCUACAUGGCCAUCGCUGUGCACAAUGAACUCAUCCUCUCUGCCAUAUUUCAUGUUAUAAGGUUCACUCUUGCCUCAGAACUUCACCCGGACUGGAUGCUGUUGCUUUUCUUUGCUCAUACACACUUGACAGUGACUGUCACUUUAGGGUUACUGCUUGUGCCAAAGUUUUUAUUUGCGGGGACACAUCUAAGGGAUGACAUUGCUACAGAGGCCUACGAAGAUGAACUGGACAUGGGACGGUCAGGGUCAUACUUAAACAGCAGCAUUACGUCUGCCUGGAGUGAGCACAGUCUGGACCCAGAAGACAUUCGGACACCAGAGGAAAUGGGCCAGCUAAGUUCUAUUAAUGGCUGUGGCGUAAGGUCUUGCGACAGUCUUUGGGAAAAACGUACAAACGAAGAGCUGAAGAAACUCUAUUCCCAGUUGGAAAUCUAUAAGAGAAAAAAGAUGCUGGCCAACAAUCCUCACCUGCAGAAGAAGCGUAGCUCCAAAAAGGGCCUAGGACGCUCCCUCAUGAGGCGCAUCACAGAGAUCCCAGAGACGAUGGGCCGCCAAUGCAGCCGUGAGGAUAAGGACCUGGGUGAACACGGAAGUAACCGCAACAGUAUCUGUGUCCUGAGAAAGAACCCUUUUGAACCAUCACACUCUGUAAAGCCUGCCAAAGAAGAGUCCUUGAAGAGCAAAGUUUUCUCUCUUAAAAAAUCCCACAGCAGUUAUGACCAUGUUCGUGACCAUAGUGAGGAUUCUAGUAGCUCGGCAACUGAUAAGAUGGAAGUCGCCAACACAGAGGGCUCUCUACUUGAAACCCUAAUGGGUAAGAAGUUGGUCAAGAAGUCCUCUGAGAAAAUUGAUGCGACAAGUGAGUCAACAGAAUCGGUUCCCCUGGUAUGCAAGUCUGCUAGUGCCCACAACCUGGCAGCUGAUAAGAAACCCAUUCACCCGAGAACAUCCAUGCUGCAAAAGUCUUUAAGCGUUAUUGCUAGUGCCAAAGAGAAGACUCUUGGUCUAACAGGAAAGACCCAAACGGCAGAGGAUCCAACAAAGAAAACUAAUCAAAAGAACAAGGAUGCCAAGACCCCAACUGAAGCUGAAGACAAGGAAGGUUAUCCAAAGAUGAUUGUCAGUCAGUCAGUGGAGUACAAACAGACAGCUGCCAAAACUGGUAUAAUGAAGCAACAGAUGAGCGGAAGCCAACCCUCCAUAUGCUCUGAGCCAACAAAGGGGAAAGACUUGUAUGAUCUCUCAGAGGUCUGCCCAUGGGAGGUGGAGGAUAUACCGACUCCCUCAGAAAACAAAGUUCAGAAACAUGUGUCCAUUGCCCCAGAACAGACAACUACAAUCCAUGGAAGCAACAAAAAGGUGACAAAGCAGAAACAGAAAGGUACAGAGCAAUCACCCUCUUUGGCCAGACAUCCAAACGCAAAGGUUGUAGACCUUACAGACACUUGUCAGUGGGAAGAAGGAAACGAGGUCCAUGGUCAGGCGACGGGGUCAAAACCUCAUUCCAACAGUAAGCCGGCCACAUCCCAGCCUCAACCAUCUGCAGAGGUCACCAAGGCUGCAAGAGCUGAUGUCUGUCCAUGGGACUUUGAAGAAGUGCAGAACAAGCCAAAGGACUCUGCUUGCCCCCCUGAUCAGAGCAGACCUAAAAAAGGCACCACAUCAAUGGAGAUCAAAAACAAAAAAGGCUCCUCGCCUACUGAAGUGAAAGUCAAGGGUAGUACACCUACAGAGGGCAAAGCAAAAAAUCUGUCUGAGCCCACCAAAUACACAGGCAGCUCACUGCACCCACCUUUAAAGACAGACGUGUGCCCAUGGGAAUUUGAAACUGUCACAAGUCCCAUCUCUGAAAAGACCUCUUGUUCUUCUCAGGUUUCGAAAACAAAGGAGACCCAUGCUAUAAAGAAGGCAACCUCACCUGUCAGAAUAUUAGAGACAGAUAAAGAGAAGACUAAGGGUGCAGAUGAUAAAACAGGAAAACCACAAGUAAAAGAAAAUCUCACCUCUGGCAAGACUAAAGACAGACCUGCCAGCCAGUUGAAACUGGCUGAGGUAUGUCCAUGGGAUGUUGAUAGUAGUCAGGAAACUGUCUCAAAGGAAAAACAAAAAAGCCCAAAUGUUGCAAUAGCAAAAAGCAAGCAAGCAGAUGUUUGCCCUUGGGAUUAUGAAGAUGCAGCAACAAGUAAAGAGGCAAAGAGGAGCACCAGUUCAUCUUCUGGGAAACAGAAAAGUCCAAAUUCCAAAGGCAGAGUUACGAGUGGUAUCAACAUGUCAGAUGUCUGCCCUUGGGACUUUGAUGACCAAACGUCGACAAAAAAGGCAUGACACUUUACCUUAGUGAACCAUUAGUUAGUCUUCGUUAAAUGUGCUUUUUCUUUCAUAAAUACACCAUGGAAUAGAAACUUUAAUAGAUGUUGAUUUGAAGAAGAAAAUCAACAAGAUGCACAAGCUGCCUUUCUCUUCAACGUUUUGUUUUCCUUUAGUGUUUUUGAAUAAAAAAUAAAACGAAAAAAUUGCAACUCAGCAGGCAUUCCAGAAUCUAAAGUAUUUGUUGAACCUUUAAAUAGAAAUAGUAGUUUACAAUUAUGCAACUCUUUAUGUGCAAUGUAAAAAUGAUGCCUAUACUCAUCACAUGUAUCCUCAUUAACUAUCUUAAUAGUUGCAUCUGUAGCCUCUCCUAGACUCCACAAAAGAUUGUACAAGUUUGUCUUCUAUAGGAAGGUCUUUAUUUGGACCAUGCAUGAAGUGUCAAUAAGUAAGCCUGGUCCUUUACCUUUUAUGUUUGGUUUCAUACUCUAUGAUUUGGUUUGCGCAAAAAUUUAUAUUUGCCAAAGAUAGAGGUAACAUCCAAUAAAUCCAAGAACUCGAACCUCAAGAGCAUAGCCUAGAGACACUCAUGUACAGUGUGCCGCAUUUAUACGGCCACUGGGAAAACUAGCCUGUAGCACUUUAGUAUAUAACAAACUUGGACAGACAGUUUACAGGACAUAUAGAACUAUUUAUAUCUGCCUUAGUUUGUAUUUUUGCCAUUGCGUUUUAUUUCUUUUAAGGACCCAUAUUAUGCAAAAUCCACUUUUACAAGGUGUUUGGACAUAAAUGUGUGCACAAACACCCCGCAACGAAAAAAAUCCACCCACUCAUAGUUUUUUAAUCCCCAUUAAACCAGAGCAGUCAAAGCCCCUGUACCAAAUGGCACACUCCGGACUUGUGGUCCUCCUCAGAGUCCACACUUUGAUGAUAUCAUAAAGUGCAGACUUUAGGGACCCUUGAUGCGAGUCCACGUGGGUGUACCAGAGUCAUAUUUUGGGAGAGACUCGAGCAUCACGCCGAGUCUGGGUGGAGGAGUUGCCCAUAAGUGUGAACUCCUCCAUUCCGUCGUCCGAUUGGUUUGAUUGCUCUUUCGCAAGGACUUCUGGGUUGGAAAAGUGCGCGAAGAUCAGAUCUAUUUUUAACCGAAAGCAGUAGCUCAUUUGCAUUUAAAGGUACACACAUUUUUUAGCUGAAACUUCACAGACACAUAAAAAACAUGUAAAAAUUAGCAUAAUAUUGGCCCUUUAGUGCACUUUCGAACAUAUUGUGCACGUCUGCCAUUUUUUUUUUCAUUUAUACAUUUUCCUCACUAUAAAAAGACAUUUCUAAUGCUUCCGAUUUGCUGAUAUAUUAUCCUGAAUGUGCCUACUUGAAUAGUCCUGUACCAGUCUUACUUUGUAUUAGAAGAUGUAAAACCUUGUCAUAGCCCAUGUUCCACAUACCCAGUGAAAGACUUGUUGAAAAUCAGCAUCUAAUUUUUUUUUUGGGGGGGGGUAGAUUUACUUUGUAUAUUAGCUUUGGUCCAAAAUUGUAAAAGCGUUUUGAAUGGGGUGCAGUAUAGACAAAAUAUGUCCAAUACUAGAUUUACGGGACCAUAAAAUAUUGUUUUUCUUGGCGUAGGGCACAAUCAUUAUGGUUUACUUGUCUUUGCCUCUAAUGUCCUUCCUUUUUUACAAGUAGACCACUCUUGACAAUAUAAAAAUAUAUCAAAAUUUAUUCUCUCUCAUAUCAGAUUCUGACCCAAGCGUCAAGCGUGCAUAGCUGGUAAGCUUAAGUAUUUUAUAAUGGUGAUGACAUCAGUUAAUUUACAAAGUAAAACCUUGUUCUCAUUCAUUUUUUUUUUUGACAGUUUAUUGAAACACAUUUAGAAACAUGCCCAGUGUGACCACUGAUAAAUUAUGAAUUCAACAAUGCAUUUAAAUUACUGUUGGAAUGUGAACAUAUCUUGUAUGCCUUCUUAGCACAUGGUCAUUGGUAAUUUGUAAUGAUGUCAACAUAAUGGUGUCACACAUGAGCGGGCCUACAUGGAAUCUGCAGAUUUGUUGCAUUUUCUUGGCAGAUUUUUUGAAUUUAUAUUGAAUGGAUUUAAAAGUGUAGUAAAAUAUGUUUAUUGGAGCUGAUUGUACUAGCAUCCACAUAAUACAGUUAUACAACUUUUUGAAUGCUAUUGGCAUUCCAAUAAUGCUGGAAUCUGUGAAGUUUUGCUUGCACGUUUUCCAUGUGGGCCUACACACAAGGCAUGAACUGUUGUACAGUAUGAUGCCUCGUACUAAUUAUAUGUGAAAUGUCUGUAUAAAAUGUCGCUUUCACAUAUUGCGUUUGCGAACCGAUCGUUCAGUAACUAAAUGGUUUUAUAAAUGUAAUGACAAAUAUUCUUGUUCUGUAUUGCAGUGUGCACACUAUGAAUUAGCAAGAGUACAGAAGAAGCAUUCAACCAUGUAUAUAUGUUACAUGUACCAAAGAGGUUAAAAUGUACCUAAAAUAUAAGUCUUUACAUUCUGUGAAAGAAUCAAAUGAUGUCAAACUCCAGUUUCUUUAUAGUGGGGUAAAUCUACCAGUAACUUCUGAGUCACAAUUGUAAUGCAAUUCAAUCUCCGCCAAUGCUAGUACUUACAUGGUAAAGGGGUCAUUUCUGUUUUGCAGAAUAUUUAAAAUACUGUAAAUUUGUUACAAAUAUUGUAAAUUAAUAUAUAAUAUUAACAUAUUCUGGGUUGUUUAAACUAGAGGUCUUCUCGAGUCCAAAAAAAUUUACCCGACCCGAAAUGUGCAUAAAGCUUUUUUUUUAAGCGGACGUUUUUCAUAAUCCCAUUUUUUAAACUUUAGUUGGUGUGUUAUGUUGCUGUUAGAGCAUAAAUAAAUUAUAAAUAUGAAUUAUUAAUUAUAAAGCUCAAAGUUCAAUGCCAGAAUUGCUUUUUAAGUACUACAGAGAACGGACAGUUUGGACUACAGUCCUUUAAAGAAAGACCCGACCCGAGACAUACCCAACAAAAUUAGACCCGAGUCAGACCCGACCAAGUGGCAAUUUUUUUAACACACCUUGACCCGAAUCUUAUCGGCACUGACGUGUGUGCAAGUCUGCAGCCUGACACGCACCAGUCAGACAAAAAGAAAUGCAAGAUCUCUUGGCAAACAGAGGGGGGUUGGAAAAGGACUUGAUGCGAGAUGCAGGAGUUUGGGUCUUCUCGGGUCCAUUCGGCAAAAACAAAUUAAUUUUAAAUUACCCGAGACCAGAGGCCGCUAAUAUUAUACCCAACUCGUGUUCGAGGCACACGUGAAACUUUUCUAUCAAAACCCGCUCAGGUCUUGGGUCUGACCUCAGGUUUUCAAUCUAAGUGGACCCGCAAAGACUUUUAAUUUAAACCCAUGGUUAGGUGAAAUAUGGGCAAACCCAACCACUGCACUUUCAAAAAUAAGGGUGCUUAAAAGGUUAUUUACAACAAUGCCAUAGAAGAACUAUUACUCAAAGUACCAUGAAGUUAAAACAACUUGGUUUUGCAAGUCAAUUCAACAAACUAUUUUAAGUUUUGAUGUGAUAAGUUGACAUAACUUAUAAAAACAAGCUGAAAUUGUUUAAAUUAAUUUGUUAAAGGUGCCGUAGUAUGUAAAACUGUAUUUAUCUAGGCAUAGAUGAAUAAUAAGAGUUCUGUACAUGGUAUUCAUGAAUAUCAGUCGUCGUGACCUUUUACAUCAUUCCAGUUGCCUCCCAUCAUCUUGAGUACCUACUGAGUACCAAUAGGCUAGUGACAAGCAUUGGCUAGCUUGCUACGAUUUACGGAUUUCUUAUCUAUUACUGUCUACGAUUCUUACGGAUACAGGAAAUGGCUACGAAAGACAACAUUUCGCACCUCGACUGUCAUUAAAGAAACGCUACUUAAAAAAUGGAACCAUUUAGCACAAAUAUAGUUAUUUUAUAGCAUCGUAAAGCACCUUUAUUUUUCUUUAAGUGCAGGGUUGGAUAUGAAGGUUUUAUGUUUAACCCAGCAUUUUUCAGAACAUGAAAAUGUACUGCAUAGUAGAAAUGACCAAUGAACAAAGCACUACUCAAGAACGCACCAUUGCCCUCUCCAAAUUUAUGAUAAUGGACUUAUGCAUCCUUUUUAUAAUUUAGAUCACUGAAUUUCUGUUAUCCUCAUCAGGAUAUGAGGUCAUGGAUUUAUAAAUAUAUUUAGGGGAGUACUCAACAACCAAGUUCUUCUGCUCCUAAACUGUGUAUUCAUCCCAUACUCUAGUGAGAACGAAACCUUUUCUAGAGUCUGUUAUUAAUGUAUGCUUAUAUGGAUGUGUAAAAUUGACCAAUUUUGUUACAUAGAGAAUGUUUCUGGGAAUGGUUGUUGUAUCGUAGUGCAUCCCACUUAGUUUACAGGUUUUACCCAUCUGCAACUACGUACACCCAAGCCAUGACCUGUUAAUGUUAUUGUCUUGGUGCAAUAUUUGGUUUGGUUUUUGGAGUUUAUGGAAGUGAUUAUUUAUCUAUUUAUGAAUUGAUUUGGGUUAUUUAGCUUGUUUACUUGGACCCCACCCUUGUCCCAUCACUGCUAGGUGUCCGGGACACUCUUACUACUUAAACGCGGUAUUGUCUUAGCUCUUACUCUCGUUGCUUCUGCAUGAAAAUAAGAAAUUAGUAAGACGAUGUUUCACUGCCCUUGAUAGAACUUAAAAAAAAGAAACUUUAUUGGACUGUUACGAGUUGUAUAGUGAGUAAAACUGUACCCUACCCACUGUAUUAUGUGCUUGUUAUAUUAAAUGCUCUAUGACAAGCUUAUAGCAUACACAUAUGGAGAUAUUUGGUAGAUUUAUAUUGUGUAAUAUUGUGAUAGCAUGUACAUAAAAAAUACCUCCUCUGCAAUAAAUAUUUCUACAGAAA